AUGUACUGGCCUAUGGAACUCUUCAGCGCGGAGAAGUCCGUCCAUCUGGACUGGACGUUGUCGACAUGUUGCGAAAGGGGACAAUGGAUCACUUCCGGGAUCGUCCUGGCGUGGCUUGCCGUCGCAGUGCUUCUUUGGCACUGCGAAAUUUGGGGCUACAAUGUUCUCCUGCCGAUGAAAAUGCUGACUGUCUUCUUCCACGAGUUUGGACACGCCACAGCGGCCUGGCUUACGUGCGGGAGAGUCCACGGCAUCGAGGUCCACACCAACGAAGGCGGAGUUACCAAGACAACCGGAGGCGCAAGGGGCAUCAUCCUCCCAGCGGGCUAUCUCGGCUCGUGUCUGUGGGGCAUGUUUUUCCUGCUGAUGGCGUCGAUAAACAUCUGGACUCUGCGGGUCGGUGCAGGAAUUCUCUGUUUCUCCAUGCUGAUUGUCCUUUUGUUCUUCGCGCGAAACUGGGCGCUACGCGUCGUCUGCCUCUUCUUCGUCGCUCUGGUCAUCGGCAUGUGGGUGUGGACGGAAAUGGAGCAGAUUGUCUGGCCGCUCCGAGUCGUUCUGCUCGGCAUCGGCGUCAUGAACGGCGUGUACAGCUUGUGGGAUAUCUGGGACGAUACCAUUCGCAGGAAAGUCAGCGAGAGUGACGCGUACAAAUGUGCCGAUCUCACCCACUGCAGCAGCCGUCUGUGCGGCGUCCUCUGGGCCACCUUCGCCCUGGCGUUCAUGGCGACCUCCAUCUACCUCCUCUUUGUCGUCAAAGAGGUAGGCGAUGAUCGCUUCGAAUAA